ACAGUCUCCCUCUCCUCUCCUCCUACCAACUCACAAGCCAACCAACGCAAGAGCAGCAGCAAUGGCGGUGCAGCAGUACACGGUGGCGUUCUUCCUCGCGAUCGCCCUCGUGGCGGGGCCGGCCGUCUCCUACGCCACCUACACCCCCGCCGCCCCCGCCGCCACCUACGCCCCCGCCGCCGGGGCCCAGCCCAAGGCGACGACCCCGGAGCAGAAGCUGAUGGAGAAUAUCAACAACGGCUUCAAGGCGGCCGUGGCGGCCGCAGCCGGCGUCCCUCCGGCCAACAAGUACACGACAUUCGAGACCACCUUCGCCGCGGCCUCUAACAAGGCUUUCGCGGACGUCCUCGCGGCCGCCGCCUCCGGCCAGAUGCCCGCCCAGUCAGACUCCAUGGCCAGACUCUCCAGCAGCCUCCAAGCCUCCUACAAGCUCGCCUACGACAAAGCCCAGGGCGCUACCCCCGAGGCCAAGUAUGACGCCUACGUCGCCACCCUCACCGAGUCGCUCCGCGUCAUCUCCGGCACCCUCGAGGUCCACUCCGUCAAGCCCGCCGCCGAGGAGGUCAAGGGGGUCCCCGCCGGCGAGCUGAAGGCCAUCGACCAGGUCGACGCCGCCUUCAGGACCGCUGCCACCGCCGCUGACGCUGCCCCGGCCAACGACAAGUUCACCGUCUUCGAGUCCGCCUUCAACAAGGCCAUCAAGGAGACCACGGGCGGCGCGUACGAGAGUUACAAGUUCAUCCCCGCCCUCGAGGCCGCCGUCAAGCAGGCCUACGCCGCCACGGUCGCCGCCGCGCCGGAGGUAAAAUUCACCGUCUUUCAGACCGCCCUGAGCAAGGCCAUCAAUGCCAUGACUGAAGCCGGGAAGGUUGCCAACCCCGUCGCCGCAGUCGCCGCCACCGCCACCGCUGCCGCCGGCGCCGGCGCCACCGCCACUGCCGGUGGCUACAAAGUCUGAGCUCGCCAACACUGCACUUCGACGAUCACGCACACAUACUAUGCUGUAUGUACGUGCGUGGCCUUGGCGGCGAGCGAUUUUCCUGAUGCUUCCUUCCUGGUUAUCGUUUCAUGCAGCCGCGAUCGACCGCGUGUGCAUGCGCCUGUAAUAACAAUGCAUUAUUUGUAAUCAUUUUUUUUAUGAAUUUGUAAUCCCCAUGACAAGCGGGAUCAAAUCGGCAAAUUGUAUCUAUCGCUGGAUCGAGUUUUCCUUGAUUAACUCUUGGGAAUCAAGAUUGCAUUCUACUAUAUCAGUAUCA